AUUCCAGAACCUUCUCUUCUUUUAUGUCAACUAUCAACGAACAAUUAUAGCUUCUUUUUGUAAAGAAGCCAUUGCCACGCAAGACUAAGAAGAUAGAACUCCCUGGAAGGUUACAAAUAGUGAUACAUCAUACAUGAAGCAUCCAGAUAUAUCCAGUAAUCAACAAGAAAUAGAAGAACCCCGAAACUUGAAGACCCCACAGCCACACCACAAAUCUCUCUCUCUCUCUCUCUCUCUCUCUCUAUGUGUGUAUAUAUAUAUCACCAUCCACAUAUCACUCAAUUCAUCAGUGAAACACUUACAAAAAGAGUCAUUGUAACAUUUAUUUUCUUUGAGCAAAGAUGUCUCUGAUUCCAAGCUUGUUUGGCAACAGUCGCGUUUUAGAUCCAUUCUCCACAAUCUCAGACCUAUUGUUACCCUUGGGGUCUAAUGAGGUUUCCACAUUUGCUAAUGCCCAGGUUGAUUGGAAGGAGACCCCAGAAGCCCAUGUGUUCAAGGCUGAUCUUCCAGGGUUGAAGAAAGAGGAGGUGAAGGUUGAGGUUGAAGAAGGAAGAGUUCUCCAGAUUAGUGGGGAAAGGAGCGUAGAGAAAGAGGACAAGAACGAAAAGUGGCACAGAGUCGAGAGGGGUCACGGCAAGUUCCUAAGGAGGUUCUGGUUGCCUCAGGAUGCUAAGGUUGAUGAAGUGAAGGCUUCAAUGGAGAAUGGGGUACUGACUGUCACCAUUCCCAAGGUCCCAGAGCCGAAGCCUCAGGUCAAGUCCGUUGAGAUCACUGGCUGAGGCUACCAUUCUUAUGAUUGACUUUCUACUAUUGAGUACCCGGUUAUUCCCUUCAGUUUUAUUUUCUUUCCGUCAAAUAUGAAAUAAUGCUGUAACUUGUAAUUCCUUCUGUCUGUAAUAUUUCUAUGAUGGUUUGUGUCUUUAUUUAUGAAA